CCAUCCUCUCUCCUAUAAUUAUCAAUUCCCCUUCGUCUCCCUUCUUCUUCCCCUCUUACCAAAUCAACAUCUCUAAUCUAUUACUACAUGAUCGGACAGCUUAUGAACCUCAAGGAGACAGAGCUCUGUCUCGGCCUCCCCGGGGCCGCUGAAACCCUCGAUACUCCAGCCAGAUCGGCGGUGGGGAACAAGAGAGGCUUUUCCGAGACCGUUGAUCUCAUGCUCAAUCUUCAGUCCAACAAAGAAGGAGCCAUCGAUCUUAACAACGCUACAGCUUCUAAACAGAAAACUCUUCUCAAAAACACUGUUAAGCCUCCUGCUAAAUCCCAAGUGGUGGGAUGGCCACCAGUGAGGAACUCCAGGAAAAACAUAAUGACUAAUCAGAAAACAAGCGGUGCGGAGGAUGCCAGCAGCGAGAAGGCCGGAAAUGGUGGUGGAGGAGCCACCGGAGCUGCAUUGGUGAAGGUAUCCAUGGACGGAGCACCCUACCUAAGGAAAGUUGACCUCAAGAUAUACAAAAGCUAUCAGGAUCUCUCUGAUGCUUUGGCCAAAAUGUUCAGUUCCUUCACUAUGGGAAACUAUGGAGCACAAGGAAUGAUCGAUUUCAUGAACGAGACCAAGCUCAUGGAUCUUCUGAACAGUUCUGAUUAUGUUCCAAGCUACGAGGACAAAGAUGGCGACUGGAUGCUAGUCGGCGAUGUCCCAUGGGAAAUGUUUGUCGAGUCAUGCAGACGUUUGCGCAUUAUGAAGGGAUCUGAAGCAAUUGGACUUGGUACAUCUAACUCUCCUUUUGUAAUUUUUAGAUUUCUAUUUUUCAAAUAAAAUUUAAUUCAAGUUUCUUGGUUUUGUUAUAGCUCCGAGAGCAAUGGAGAAGUAUUCCAAGAACAGAUCAUAAAUUUUUAUAUUAAGAAAAAAAGAAUCUUCAGUGUUCAAUCAUAUGACGAGCUCUUGAUUUAUAUGUACUUUCAUGAUUUCAUGUGGCUAUCUCCUAUAUAUGUGUGUCUGUAAUUUAAAUACUUGAUGUGUAUAUAAAGCAAUAGUAUUAUCUUACCAGUAA